GUCAACAAGAACAGUAUAUAAUCCGUAUGCUUUCGUGACAAGUCAAACACUAUUUGCGUGGGAAUCAGCACAGCAAAGAAGUUGUAGUACGUGAUAUCAAAAUGGCUAAGUCUCUAAGAUCUUUGGCUGGUAACUCCAAGCAUGUCUACGACUACGUAAUUGUAGGCGGAGGUAGUGCUGGCUGUCUCAUGGCUAAUAGAUUGUCCGCCGACCCGUCAGUGCGUGUUGCUCUGCUGGAAACAGGUCCCGAUGAUAAUACGCCUAUCGUACAGCAAGCCGUUGGCUACUUCUGGGCCGUACCUUUCAGUCGGAAGUACAAUCAUCGAUUCUACACCAAACCCGAGAAAUACUGCAACAACAGAGAGCUCAUGCAGCCGCGUGGCCGCGUGUUGGGAGGAUCUUCAAGUAUUAACGCCAUGUUGUACAUUCGCGGUGCACAGUACGAUUACGACGACAGAUGGGUUAAGGAGGCAGGGUGCAAGGGAUGGGAUUACGAAACAAUGCUGAAUGCGUUCAAGCUGCACGAAAACAACGACACGCUGCACGACGAAUACCAUGGAAACAGCGGACCUCUUCAAGUGCGCACCAUGGAUCACAAAUACGCAUUAGACAAGGCCAUGGUUCAGGGUUCCAUUGACCUUGGAUUGAAAGCAAAUAAUGAUUUCAAUGGAGCCGAACAAGACGGUGUUGGGCGAUACCAAUCUACACAAAGAUCCGGAAAUAGAUGUUCUGCAGCUAGGGCAUUUUUAACGCCCGAAGUUCGUAACCGACCUAACCUGGACGUAAUUGUGGACGCACACGUUACCAAGGUAACCACCGAGGGCAAGAAGGCUACUGGUGUGCAGGCUGUUGUUUCCAGGAGCAAGAAUGCCGAUAAUGCUGUCACAUUCGAAUCCGCUAACGAUGUCAUUCUGUGCGGCGGAGCGAUCAAUUCACCUCAGCUUUUGCUGCUAUCUGGUAUUGGACCCAAAGCGGAGGUCACGCGACACGGUAUUGAAUUAGUACACGAACUACCGGGUGUGGGUCAGAACCUACAGGAUCACCCUGAUGUAGGUGUAAAUGCCAAGUCAAAGCACAAUGUUUCACAUCCGUUGCAAAUUGGUGCGUCGGGACUAGGCAUGCAGGCGAAUCAUGCGAAAUUGAUGGGCGAGGGAAAGGGAUGCUAUUCAGGCGAGUUUGGAUUGGUAGGUACGUUCUUCAAGACUAUGGAAGGUUCCAAGGCCGCCGAUAUCCAACAGCACUUGUGCCCGUUCUACUACAAAGACCAUGGAGCAACCCUGACAUACGGAUCGGGUGUGACGAUGAAGAACUGUGUUCUGCGUGGGGAAUCUCGAGGAUCAAUCACACUCGACUCAUCCGAUCCCAUGUCACCGCCAGCUAUUGAGAUGAACUUCUUUAAGGAAGAGUAUGAUAUGGAAGUCAUGGUAACCGGAGUCAGAGCGAGUUUGAAUUUGCUGAAAACACAGGGCUGUGUUGAUCAGGGUCUUGCGCUAUGUGGUUUCAAGGAUCCCAAUAACAUCAGUGAUGACGAGAUCCGCGAAUACAUUCGCAACAGUGUAGACUCUGUAUACCAUCCAGUUUCAUCUUGUGCAAUGGGACCUACCAGUGACGCGAUGAGUGUCGUUGGGCAUGACAACGGUCUGAAGGUGCAUGGCAUGGAAGGACUUCGCGUGAUCGACGCGAGUACCAUGCCUCUCAUUGUCUCGGGAAACACAAACGCACCUACUAUGGCUCUGGCACAGGUGGCAUAUGAGCAGAUGGUGGCGUGCAAGGACGUGAAGAACACGGACAGCAGUAUCAUGACUCCACAGAAUAAGCCUCAAGAACAACUAGUUGCUUCCGCCUGA